AUGAAACGAGGAUUCUUACUCAACACAUCUACCGAAAAGUAUUCGUCGUGCUCCUCUACCUCGAUCCGAGACGAUCCAAGCAACCACCAUGAGCCUGUCGACUUACCGAACGAGCAUGGGGGCAGCGUGACACGUGGUGAACAGUCUCCCGAUCACGCGAGGGAUCGAGCCGGGCUUGGACCUGCACGCGAGGGAAAUCCCUUGCUGUUCGAUGGACGAAGCAGCAACAGUGGUUACAGUAGUCGAUAUCAGCCACGAUGGCGCGCAACAAACUCCGGACACUCAGGCUCUGGGACAGCAUCGUCGCGGGCUGCGGACUUGCCGACGAUUUUAUCGACUAAUGUGGCUACAGUUCACGGCACACCCGACAGCAUGGAUGAGACUAACGGUGAUUAUCAGGCAGUAAUAUCAACGAGGGACCCUCCCAAGAUUUGGGGUCUACCAAAGCCUGCUUUAUCGCCAUUGCUCGCCACCGAUGUUCCAUCGUCCGCAUCUCAACAGCUCGAUCCCCAACAGCUCGCAAACACAAGUGAUUGGGAUGAUAGCGUGGGUCUUGUCGCCAAAUUUAUGCAACCUCUUGGAGGCGUCCCCAAAGCAGCCCUUUAUGCCUGGUACGGGAAACGUCGACAGGUAGUGGUGUCGCAAGCCAACUACGCGACGUGGCAUGAUAAAGGUCCGCCACACAAAUUGAAGUACACCAGCGUAUUCUGUUGCCCCGUCACGGGAGAGUUUUAUCCAUCGGGGCGGUACGGAGAUCCGAAAUACUAUACACUCAAAGAAGACAUUGACUGUGUGGUGGUGUGGUAUAGCAAGAAGGCUUUUGCGGAACAUGGGGCAGCCUCUCGCGCCUACGACUGUCUCGUUUUCCGUGAAUCAGAUUGUGACGAAUCGCAGAUUGGGAAUGAAACACCAUACGAGUCAACAGGGGCCACAAUAUUGCAUUCUUCUAUACCAGACGAAGUCGGACGACAACUAAAGCAACUGCAACAACAAAUCAUCGAGGCUACUCAACAUUCGGAAAUGGAAGUAGAGGAUGCUGUACAAGACAGCGAAGAAGAAGCGCCUUGGCAGCGGCCACCACCAGCUAAUCACGACAUGUCUGGAGAUUUCAUUGCAGUAGAUGCCAAUUGGUAA